AUGAAAGUUGACAAUGGUCCUGGAAGGAACCAAAUAGAAGCCCUAGCUCAGCUUCGCAAUAAUGGAAUCUAUGUCUUUCUUGGUGUCCCAAACACUACCAGUGUGUCACAAGAGACGGAUCAGAACUGUGGAGUAUUCAAGUCAAUUUAUAGGGAGAAUCGGGAGAAGAUGGUAAAUGACCAAAAUCUGAUGCAAAAGCCCACAAAUCUUUCCCUUCCUGUGAUUGGGAUUCUCAUCUUUGGUGGAACUGAUCCCGUCACGGGAGAAAACCAUUUUUGUAGCGCUUUUGAUGAAGCCUUUAGCAAGGAGAAGUGCCUUGGCGCUUGGGCAAAGGUUGGCGCCGCACCCUGUACAAGGAAGUGUCUGAACUCUGCAAAGGUUUGCCACCAGCUGGGGGAUGACUUGGACCCAAUGGCCACCAUGUACAAGGUUAUACAACAACAGAACGGCCAACAUGGAUUUACGCAACAAAAACCAGAUAAGACCGCCCCAGAGAUAGAAGCCUUCCUCUUUGAAUACCUGAAGACCGUCCGCCAGCCUUCCUUGGGAGUCCCCACCGCCCAAGUCUGGUCCCGCCGUCCUCAUGUCUUCCAAAGUGCCAACUCCUCCCAAGCCAAGCUUGGGGCCCAGGGCCUCCUUGAGGGCCUAGUGUCCCACAAAUGGAAACACCUUUAA